AUGUUUGCCUGUGAGACUUGGGGUAUCACUGGCCAGACCUCGGUCUACAAUUGGGACAAGUCUGUCUACCUCUUAGAAGACAAAAUGGAGUCCGUGCAGGGAUCAGGGGAGCUGGAUCUCCAUUUUAAGGUGCUGCUUGAGCAGGAGAUGUAUCCAGAGAUCACAAUUGAGGAGGAAGAGGAAGAGCCUGAGGAAGUAGAAUUGUUAAGUGGCGAGAGACCUUACCCUUGUAUCGAAUGUGGAAAACGGUUUGGACGGCAGUCACACCUCACUCGGCAUCUGAGAAUCCACACGGGAGAAAGGCCCUAUCAGUGUGGUGACUGCGGACUUCAGGAUUCUGACUUAUUUGAGGAGGUGGUGGUGACAUUUCCUGAUGAAGACCAAGUCCCUUCAGAUACUGAGCAUGGAGAUAUAUGCAUGGAAGCUGGACAGCAGGCUGAUGUAGACAUAUGUUUGCUUGGAUCUUCUGACACAGAAGCUACCUGGGAUUCUUCUGCAGAUGAAGGAGAAGGAGGAGGUUCAGGUGCCCGGACUCCCAACAGAGCAGAUCCUCAGAUGGGAUUUGGAGAGAGAUGCAAUGGAGCAGUACAGCAUUUGGCUCCGAAGAGGAUACGGAUAAGAGAGAAACGCCACCCUUGCAUUGAAUGUGGAAAACGGUUCCGUUGUCAGUCAGAGCUGGCCCUGCACCAGAAAGUCCACACCCGGCCCAAAUCCUAUCACUGUGCUGAGUGUGGGAAACAGUUUGGUCGAUCCUCACAUCUCACCAGGCACCAGAAAACCCACAUGGGUGAGGAAUGCCAUGUCUGCAUCGAAUGUGGCAAGCGAUUCCGUUGGUCAACGGAGCUUGUCAUCCACCAGAGGAUCCAUGCUGUUGAACAGCCGCACUACACUAUCGAUGCUGACACUUUGCUUCAGUGGCCCCCCGAGUUCAAUAUGCCCCAGAAUAUUUUUAUGGGUGAAAAAGUCCCUCCCAGUGGUGAUAUGGUAAAACCUCAUGUAGUCAAGAAGCCUCACCUCUGUCCUGAGUGUGGGAAAGGGUUCCGGUGGCCCUCUGAACUCGCUGCUCAUCAGAAAACUCACAACAAGAACAAACACUACCUCUGUCCUGAGUGUGGGAAAGGAUUCCAGUGGCCCUCGGAGCUGGCGGCCCAUCAGAGGACCCACGCAGGCAAUGGUUUGCCUCCCAUUGCUGAUUAUGAGAACAGCAACAGCCAACCACCUCAUCACCCUCCCUACCUGGGAACUGGCAUGGCAGAGAAACGGCAUCUUUGCGGAGAAUGUGGCAAGGCGUUCCGAUGGUUGUCAGAACUUGCCACACAUCAGCGCAUCCACACAGGAAAAAAGCGCUACUUCUGCACAGUGUGUGGGAAGGGGUUCAUAUGGCCUUCAGAGCUGGCCGCUCACCAGCGAACCCACACUGAGAAGCAAGCUUACCAGUGUCUGGAGUGUGGGAAAAUAUUCCAUGAUCUCUACGGUCUCACAAGACACCAGAAGACGCACUUGGGAACCAAGGUCUAUCCUUGCGCGGAGUGUGGGAAAACCUUUAGUCGGCAAUCCCAUCUGACUCGGCAUCGGAUCACUCACACUGGCGAGAGACCUUACCCUUGUAUCGAAUGUGGAAAACGGUUUGGACGGCAGUCACACCUCACUCGGCAUCUGAGAAUCCACACGGGAGAAAGGCCCUAUCAGUGUGGUGACUGCGGAGUGAGGUUUAGGCGGAGACACAGCAUGAUGUACCAUCAGCGGAUCCACUUGAGAGAGUCCAGUGGAGGUCUGGACAUGAUAAACCCUCCUAACGCAGAAAGCCUUGCUGAUCCUCUCCAGAAUCCUAUCCAUGUCACAAUUUGA